AUGAAGCUUAAUUAUCUCGAGUUUGAUUGGCCAAGCUCUCGUGAUCGGGGCUUCAGGGUCCACCUUAGUCAGGCGCUCGUUGUCCACCUCCGUUUCCCAUCGCCGCCGCUAAACGUCGAAAACCUCCGAGUAAACUUAACUACACCACAUUCUCUGGCCGUGUCCUUCGGCGCUUUGUGCUCGUAUACCCCAGGCUGCCACACCCUAUCGACUUGCCAGCGAAUCAUCCACCCGGCAGUCGUGGGAUCAGGACUCCAGCUACCCAGACUGCCGGGUCGUGAACAAAGAGGCCACACGAGCGGUUCCUUGUCCUUGUCCUUGUCCUCUUCGAAGCCGCAUCCUCAAGCCCAAGCCGAUGACCAUGUCUCGAAGCCCCCAACGUUUCUUGUUUCACGCCAGACGUUGCGUACCGUAUACGACGAAAAAAGCCUGUUCGGAUGA